GGAGGGAGAGGCUGAGCCCCCCCCAAAAAAUCCCUGAGCAUCUAUCCUGGAGUCCUGGGCUUGUUCUAGCUGUUCCCCACCUCUGCCCCCCACGGCUUCUCUCUGCUGCAGAUCCUGUGGAUGUCCUGAAGGCCCUGGGUGUGCGGGGAGGACAGGCUGGGGUCCCCGAGGGGCCUGGCUUCUGUCCCCAGAGGACUCCAGAGGGUGACCGGGCAUUCAGAGUGGGCCAGGCCAGCACACUCGGCAUCCCCACGCGGGAACUCUUUCCAGAUGGCCACUUUCCUGAGAACUUCUCCUUGCUGAUCACCUUGCGGGGCCAGCCAGCCAAUCAGUCUGUCCUGCUGUCCAUUUAUGAUGAAAGGGGUGCCCGGCAGUUGGGCCUGGCACUGGGGCCAGCGCUGGGUCUUCUAGGUGAUCCCUUCCGCCCCCUCCCCCAGCAGGUCAACCUCACAGAUGGCAGGUGGCACCGUGUGGCGGUCAGCAUAGAUGGUGAGACGGUGACCCUGGUAGCUGACUGUGAAGCUCAGCCCCCUGUCUUAGGCCAUGGCCCCCGCUUCAUCAGCAUAGCUGGACUCACUGUGCUGGGGACCCAGGACCUUGGGGAGAAGACUUUCGAGGGAGACAUUCAGGAGCUGCUGAUAAGCCCAGAUCCUCAGGCUGCCUUCCAGGCUUGUGAGCGGUACCUCCCCGACUGCGACAACCUGGUACCAGCAGCCACAGGGGCUCCCCAGGGUGAACCAGAGACCCCUCGUCCUCGGCGGAAGGGGAAGGGAAAAGGAAGGAAGAAAGGGCGAGGUCGCAAGGGGAAAGGCAGGAAAAAGAAGAACAAGGAAAUUUUGACCUCAAGUCCACCUCCUGACUCCCCAGAGAACCAGACCUCCACUGACAUCCCCAAGACAGAGACUCCAACUCCAAAUCUGCCUCCGACCCCUACACCUUUGGUCGUCAUCUCCACUGUGACUGCUGGACCCAAUGCCACGAUCCUAGAGGGGAGCUUGGACCUUGACAGUGGAACCGAGCUGGGGACCCCGGCGACCAAGGCAACCAGGGAGGAUGAAGAAGGAGGUGAUUCCACCAUGGGCCCUGACUUCCGGGCAGCAGAAUAUCCAUCUCGGACUCAGUUCCAGAUCUUUCCU